CGAACUCCGGCGGACGGGACGGGGGCAUUCACUCAUUUCUGCCACCAUUGACGUUUUUAACCUUUGUCUGGCCGAUAUCCCCGCCAAUUCGCUCUCUUCUGUUGUUACCCCGCCAUCAGCAAUCUACAAGCUUGCGAUACAUAUAAACAGCACAGCAUACUUCAACUACACCAUUCCUUCAUAAACUCCCAAGUCCCCACCCUUCGAGCAGCUCAUCUUCGUUCCUUCUUCGGCUUUUUUUUCCCCAGUACUUGCUACUGCAUUUUCCAAUUCUCACUCUUCAAUUCCAUUCACAAUUCACCUCAACCAUGGCCUCUUGUGACGCCUGCAAGUCCGGCUUCAGCUGGGACGGCAAGCCAACUGGCACCGAGACCACGAUCGCUGGCAACAACACCUACGUUACCGGAACUUCCAAGUCUGCCGCAAUCCUCAUUGUUCACGACAUCUUCGGCUGGACCUUCACGAACCUUCGAGUGCUGGCCGACCAGUUCGCAAAGGAGGCGAAUGCCACUGUUUACUUGCCUGAUUUCUUCGGCGGCGAAGUGAUCCCCGAGUCGACCCUCACCGACCCCGCCAAACGCGCCGAAGUCGACGUCCCCGCCUUCCUAGGCAAAAACUCCAAGGCCGUCCGAUGGUCUGAAAUCGAAUCCGCCGCCAAAGCCCUGAAAGCCGAGUACCCCAAGCUAGGCGCGAUCGGCUACUGCUACGGCGGCUGGGCCAUCACGCGCCUCGCCGCGCAGAAGGACCUCGUCGACGCCGUGUCAACCGCGCACCCCAGCCUCCUCGAGAAAUCCGAGAUCGACGCCGUCAAGGUGCCGCUUCAGUUCCUCGCGCCCGAGACGGAUCAAUUGUUCACGCCGGAGUUGAAGGAGUAUGCGAAUAAGGUUAUUCCGACGCUGGGCGUGCCGUAUGAAUAUGUGUAUUUCCCCGGCUUGGUGCACGGCUUCGCGACAAGGGGCGACCGCAAUAACAAGCUACAGAAGGACGGCCUCGAGAGGGCGAAGAGGAGCGCCGUCAAUUUUUUCAAUGAGUUCUUGCAUUGAGAGCGUUGGCGUGGACUGAUAGCGUAGCGUAAGCAUGACUUUUCCAACGAAAGAAAUAAAGAAAGGAUGUUGAAAUGAAAUCAAAUGAUGACCAUCGUUCAAUUCUAGCCCAUUGGGUCCAAUGUGAUAAUUCUUUUCAGUUCUGG